AGACUGCUCGUGGUCGGGUCGGGAGGAUCACCUGUGGUCAUUGUAUUUAAGGACGACGCGAGAGAAGGCCGCGGCGACGACUCACCAGCGCGUACCCGUUUCUUUCAUACGAGCUCCACCGAUCUCUCGCCCCCGUUUCUUUCGAGGAAUGGGGAGACAGAAAGGAGAGGGAGGGAGGAGCAAGAGUCGCCCUUCCAGCAGCAGCCACGCUGCGUCCCUCUUACCCUCUGGAACGGCACCUGUUGGAUUCGGAGGCUAUAUUGGAAGCUCUCGCCUCGAUCCGUCCAUCUCAAACGAUGAAUCUGUCCCGUUCCUGGAUGUGGAUGGUGAAGUGGCACAACACUUGAAGAGGCUUGGUAGGAAGGAUCCUACAACAAAGCUUAAAGCUUUGACAUCUCUAUGUACACUCUUCAAGCAAAGAUCUGGCGAAGAAGUUGUGCAGAUUGUUCCACAAUGGGCAUUUGAGUACAAGAGGCUCUUACUCGACUACAAUAGAGAAGUUCGGCGAGCAACUCAUGACACCAUGACUAAUCUUGUCAGCAUCGUCGGGAGAGGCUUGGCCCCACAUCUGAAGUCCUUGAUGGGGCCUUGGUGGUUUUCUCAGUUUGAUCCAAUAUCUGAAGCUUCUCAAGCUGCUAGGCGAUCCUUACAGGCUGCAUUUCCAGCACAGGAGAAGAGACUGGAUGCCUUGAUUUUAUGUGCAAGUGAGAUCUUUCUGUAUUUAGAUGAAAACCUAAAGCUCACACCACAGGCUAUGCUUGAUAAAGCAACUCCAAUGGAUGAAUUGGAAGAUAUGCACCAGCGUGUGAUUUCCUCAUCAUUGCUAGCAUUAUCUACACUUGUCGAUAUUUUGUUGGAGAUGCAAGUACGAAGACCUGAUCUUGAAAACGUAACCACCGAAUCAAAACAUGCUUUUAGGGCUAGGGAAGUGGCCAUUUCUUAUGCUGAGAAGAUGUUUUCUAGUUAUAAAUAUUUUCUGGAAUUUCUUAAGUCUCAAAGCCCUGGAGUCCGCUCUGCUGUCUUUUCAGUGCUAGGGUGUUUCAUUAAACACAUCCCUCAUGCUUUUAGUGAAGGAAAUAUGAAGACACUAUCUGUUGCAAUACUAGGUGCCUUCCAGGAAAAUGAUCCGUCUUGUCAUUCUUCAAUGUGGGAUGCGAUAUUGCUAUUUUCUAAAAAAUUUCCUGACAGUUGGUCCCUGGGUAACAUUCAGAAGAUUGUACUAUCUCGAUUCUGGCAUUUUCUACGUAAUGGGUGCUAUGGAUCACAACAAGUAUCUUACCCUGCUCUAAUUCUGUUCUUAGAUUCCAUCCCUCCAAAAGCAAUAGCUGGGGAGGAAUUUUUUCUGAACUUCUUCCAUAACCUUUGGGAGGGAAGGAAUUCUUUCCACUCAUCUGCAGAUCGCUUGGCAUUCUUCAAGGCAUUUAAAGAAUGUUUUCUUUGGGGAAUAUGUAAUGCAUCAAGAUAUUCUGAGGGAAGAGAUGCUAUUCGUGAGUUUCAAGUCAAUCUUGUUGACCAUAUCCUGGUAAUGCUUCUUUGGCAUGACUACCUUUUGCUAGUAAGCCCAAAAAUUCAGGGUGACAAUUUUUCUGGGAAAUCUGGUGCAUCAUCUGAUGAAAGGCCAACUGAAACUCUGUGUACAAGGUAUGUAGAAAGCUACAUGCAAGACUUGGGGAAGUGCAUUAUUGAAAUUCUAUCUGCCAUUUCUAUGAAAGAAUGCAAUUUGCUCAGUGCAUUUUGUGCAUCAUUUCAAAAGGACUGUCUGGAGAUAUUCCAGCAAGCAGAGAGUCCACAAAAAUCUUCUGAGCAUGUAGAGCAGAUAGUGAAUUUUUUGUCAUUACUGGAGAAGCAUGCAGUGCAAAAAGGCGAAACUUGGCCUCUGAUUUAUUUAGUAGGACCUAUGGUGGUGAACUCGUUUCCGUUGAUCAAGUCACUGGACUCCACAGAUGGUGUGAGAGUUUUAUCUGUGGUGGUUACAAUAUUUGGACCACGCGCAAUAGUGCCACAAUUCUUUAGUAGCAAUACAGAUCAUUCGAGUGAUUUUGGAGAUGAAGGCAACGAUGAAUCAAAAUUGAAGCAUUUUUUGGAAGUUUUCAAGGAUGAUUUUGUUUCCUGGUGUCUGCAUCAAAAUAGCAGCUCCAGUAGCUCACGGCUAGACCUUUUACUUGCUUUACUUGAUGAACAACUUUUCUCCGAACAAUGGUGUAUCAUCAUCACGCGAGCAACCAAUCCAGAAGAAUGCCCUGAAACUGGGGUUGGGUAUUCUAGUAUUGAUCGCAUUAGUCUGCUGGCAAUGCUCAUGGAGAAAGUAAGGGGAAGAAUCAGUAGCAAGAAUUAUAAAGAAGGAUGUCGCCCGGAACACUGGCAUCAUGAAUUGUUAAAUUCAGCUGCUGUUUCUGUUGCCUGCUGCCCUCCUCCCUUCCAUACAUCAUAUUCUCAGUUUCUGCGGGUAGUUCUCUCUGCCUCAGCAGAAGACGAGCAAACUUGCUUUCUUUCUAAAGAAACUAUGAUCCAUAUAUUUAAGGAAGUCUUGAGAAAAUUACUUCCAGUUCUCAUUCAUUCAUCUUUCACUUGGGCAAAGCAUGCUAGUUCUUUGAUACGCUGCACUGGAGCUGAAGAUUUAAUGCAGACAUGUGAUUCAUCCUUAAGCAACAUUGUUGAAAUAGCUCAAUUUGCUAUUGAAGUUCUCGAGGGCUGUUACUCUAGCCUAAAGCAAUUGGAUGGGCACUGUAAUCUGGUUCCAUGUAUUUUAGCUGCUGUAUUUAUUAUUGAUUGGGAGUGUAGGAUGGCAUCACAGGUAGAAGGGAGUCCAAAGUGUAUUGGGUAUAAAACUUACAUCGGAAGUUCUGUAUCUACAUCUGAUGGCGAUGAUGAUCCACAAGCAGAGGUUGAUGCCAAGUUGACUCUUACCAAAUCCAUUCACGCUAUCCGUUGUAAGAUAACUACCUAUUUCCGGAAAAGCCUUAGUCUUUAUAGUCGGCAGAAGUUGGGAGAUAUUUUAAUUCAGGCAAUCAGGUCUGCUGUCUUUGGGGCCGAUCCUGGUUGUGCAGACAAAGCCCCUGUUUCAUGCUGCGAGUGGGUGCAAGAUGUGCUUGAACUCAUUUGUCAGGAUCAUCAUGAGGAGCAAAGUGUUUUGGACCAGCUGUUGUCUGAGGAUGAAUCUUGGCCUUUGUGGGUAGCUCCAUUUGUCAGUGAUGGAAGAAGAUCAGCAACCCUGAAAGAGAAAAAUGCGUUCGCAGCUGUUCAUACAGCCAGGCAUCACUACUUCAUUGCUUUUGUUGACAAGCUUAUUUCAAGUCUUGGAGCCCGUAGAGUUAUUGUGGGUACUGUAGUUUCUUAUUCAUUAGCAGAGGCACCAGGAGAGCUGGUUCCAAUGCUCACCUCUUAUUCUCGAGUGUGGCUUGCUGCUGAAAUAUUGUGCAUGUGGAAGUGGGAAGGAGGCAGUGCUUUAUGCACUUUCUUACCUUUUCUAAGGGAAUAUGCAAAAACUGGAAAGUCUUCUCCUGAUGAAAACCUCAUAUAUUCCCUAAUCAACAUUUUACUUGACGGUGCCCUUGUCCAUGGAGCAAGCGGCCAGACAUUUUUCUUUGAUGCAUGGGUUGCUACAGAUGAUGAGAUUGAGAAUAUUCAAGACCCAUUCUUGCGAGCUCUUAUAUCCUUGCUUUCAACUCUAAUGAUCAAGGAUAAUAUAUGGGGAAAGGACGAGGCUGUUUCACUUUUUGAACGUGUUCUGAAUAACCUUUUCAUUGGUACGACGGUGAACAGGAACUGUUUGAGGAUUCUUCCUUUCAUUCUGAAAGUUCUUAUUCAACCACUACGAAGUAAAAGCACCAGAGCAGAUGAAGGUGGCAACGAUGUUCCACAUGAUUCCCUCCAGGAAGUUCAGAUUAUUGAUACUAUCUUGGGUUGGCUUCAAAUGGCUCUUUCUUCUCCGCCUCUAGUCACUUGGCAAACAGGAAAACACGUUUUUGAGGAAUGGGUUCAAGUGGUCAUAUCUUGUUACCCUUUAAGCACAACAGGACUAGCAACAUUAAAGAUGGCAUUGUCGAGGAACAUCAGUCAGUCAGAGAAAACAUUACUAAUGGAUCUAUUCAGAAAGCAGAGAAGUGAUGUUAAUGUCUCAACCUUGGCAAAGAAGAUACCUUUAGCUGCACCAUCCAGCAUCGACAUACCUUUGUCGGUAUCAGUACAGAUGAUGUUAUCACAGCUAAUAGCAGUUUCUGUUGGGUAUUGUUGGCAGGAGUUUGGUGAAGAUGAUUGGGACUUUGUAUUGUCUCUGUCACGUAGGUGGAUGGAAUCUGCAGUAGUGGUGAUGGAGGAAAUAGCAGAGAAUGUAGAUGUUAUUGUGAGCACUUCCUCUUCUGAUAAUCUGGAAGUCGUUGUAGAUAAGCUCGAAAAGGCAGUUCAGGUGCCAGAGCCUUCUCUUAUGAAUAUUAGUAGAAUUGCCGUCUUUAUAUUUUCUAUAUUCUGUGGGCUUCCUGAAUUACAGCUGGCAGAAGAUUCCAUGAUAUCUCACUCCUUGAAAAUGGAAAAAUGGGAUCAUACUAAAGACCAGAUACUUGAAGGUAUUCUCCGCUUGUUCUUUGCAACAGGCAUUACUGAGGCCAUUGCAAGUUCCUAUCAUGAAGAGGUGUCAUCUAUUGUAGCGUCGACUCGGCUUGCACAUUCACAUUUUUGGGAGUUGGUUGCUUUUAGUGUUAUUAAUUCGCCUGAAUAUGUCAGAAAUACUGCAGUACGGUCCGUAGAACUCUGGGAGCUUAGCAGAGGGCCUAUUAGUUCUUUGUAUGCGAUCCUUUAUUCCUCCAAACCCAUUCCUUCCUUACAGGUUGCUGCUUAUACUGUCCUCUCAACUGAGCCCGUUUGUCAUAUGGCUGUCACCAAAGAUGAUACAGCUCAUUGCUCGGAUCAAAAUGUUGUUAGCUUCCAGGAACCAGGCACAUCUCAUCAGAGUGAAUCAUCUUCAGAAGAGCCUGUCCAUUUGAGAGAUGAGCUUUCUUGCAUGGUUGAAAAACCGCAAUCUGAUCUAUUUCAGAUGGAUUUAUUGGCGCAACAUCGGGUGAAUGUGUUUAUUUCGUGGGCGUUAUUGCUGACUCAUCUACAGUCCCUACCAUCAUCAUCGCCAGCAAGAGAGAAACUAAUUCAGUGUAUACAGGAUAAUGCUAGUUCAACAAUACUAGAUUGUGUUUUCCAGCAUAUUCCAUUGAAGCUGGGUUUAGGGCAUAACUUGAAGAAGAAAGAAGCUGAUCUUCCAGCAGAGGUAUCUAAGGCCGCUACUUCUGCCAAACGUGCCAUCACCACAGGCUCUUUACUGUUUGCCGUGGAGUCACUUUGGCCUGUCGGGACGGAGCAAAUGGCUUCACUUGCUGGUUCAAUAUAUGGGCUGAUGCUUUCCCUACUACCUGCUUAUGUGCGAAAUUGGUUUACUGGUUCACGUGACCAUUCUAUGUCAUCCGCAAUUGAGUCCUUCACAAAAACAUGGUGCAGUCCUCCACUCCUUGCUGACGAAUUUUCACAGAUCAAAGAAGCGGUUGUUGCUGAUGAGAACUUCUCAAUUAUCAUGAACAAAUCAGCAUAUGAGGUGAUUGCUACCUAUAAAAAAGAGGAGACGGGAAUGGAUUUGGUUAUUCGGCUUCCCUCUUGCUACCCUCUGCGCCCUGUGGAUGUUGAUUGCACUAGGAGUCUUGGGAUUAGUGAAGUGAAGCAAAGGAAAUGGCUGCUGUCAAUGACUGCAUUUGUUCGAAAUCAGAAUGGGGCUAUUGCUGAAGCAAUCCGGAUCUGGAAAAGCAACUUUGACAAGGAGUUCCAAGGCAUCGAGGAAUGCCCCAUCUGCUACAGCAUCAUCCACACGACUAAUGGCAGCCUUCCCCGUCUUGCAUGCAAGACCUGCAAGCACAAAUUCCACUCAGCCUGCCUCUACAAGUGGUUCUCAACAUCCCACAAAUCAACAUGCCCUUUGUGCCAGACUCCAUUCUGAGCUGGAAAAUGAUUUUAUGGAACUCAUGUUUUCCCAUGCGCACCCUGGAAUUAGAACAGCACCACACAUGUUGCAAUUUCAGUACCCUAAGCAGAGAAAGUGGGGUAUUCGAUGGUGCAAAUGUCAGUUCCCUUGUGAGCUGCUUAUUUUAUAUAUAUUGCUUCUGUGGAGAAAAAGAUCAAGCUCAAUUUUGUAUGAUUGUACAGAUUGGGGUGCUUAUUGAUUACGGUGUUUAGAUCAAUAUAUAUUUGAUUUUCUUGGAGGAAGCAGAGAUCAAUGCAAUGGCAAGCAUAUUCAACUAGUCAUGGUGACUUUUCUCAUCCUGUAAUAGUUAUAUGGUGCUUUUAUUAUUCUGUUUCUUUUCAGGACCUGCUGUAGGUGGAUGCAAGUUUGCGUUCACUCUUGAAAUUUAGAAUGGAAAGUUUUCUUAUAUUCUUGGAA